AUCUGUAAUUGUAAAUAGCCAAUUAGUCAAUUACCCUUCAACACCAUUCUCAAAAUCCUGACGACAAACAAACAGAAAUGAGUAAAUGACGAAGGGGAAACACAUUGAAGAAGAAGGGCCAUGGAAGAAUUUAACCAACGACAUAGUAGCCCUCGUUUUGAAUCGCCUCAAUACCAAAUCUGAUCUCUGCCGUUUCCGCUCAAUCUGCAAGCCGUGGCGUUCUUUCGCUACUCCGAUCCAACCCCAUCUCAUCUUCCCUCUCACUCUCCCUCCUCUUCCCCUCAGUUAUCACCCUUUCUCUCUUUCUCCUAAUCUCAUUUACAUUCUCUCUCCUCAAUUCAGCCAUAAUCUCAACAAUGAUGUCUGGCUUACCAAAGUUUCAGAAACAGGGGAAAACAAGUGGGCCCUCCUUAAUCCUUUGACGAAGCAUAAAUUUUACUUUUUCGCAUCUGGGGUUUUCAGAGAAAGGAUUGAUUUACUGGGUUUCGGAAAUCUCGAGGUGGGUCGGUCAUAUCGACUUCAGUUGAUUAGCGAUCAUGGAGAUGAAGGUGCCUUUGAUUUUGAGGAAUUCAGCUCGUCAAUUUCUUUGAGGAAGGUUGUUGUUCGAACUGGGGAGGAAUUUUGUGUAUUGGGUUUGUAUGGGUAUGGUCUAAUUGCGGUCUGGAAUUAUGGGGAUGAUAAUUGGAAGAUCGUUGAAACUGGGACGAAGGAGAAGAGGAAUGAAUUUGAUGAUGUUAUAUGCUUUGAUGGGAAAUUCUAUGCCGUUGAUAGAACCGGAAAGUUGGUGAUGAUUGAUCCAGCGGCUCGGGAGCUUAUAGAGUUGGUUGGCACGACGGCAGAAUGUAUUGGUCAGUAUACUUAUUUAGUGGAAUCUAAUUUUCGUUUAUAUUUGGUUAAUAAGAUUGUUAAUCCAAUGCCUAAUAAUUAUUUUGAUAACGAAGAAGGGGAGUGGAUUGUGGAUAAAAAUAGUGUGGGAAAGCCUCUUGGUUUUAAUGUUUUUGUGUUGAAUGAGAAGGAGAAGUGCUGGGAAAGAGUGAGUAGCAUAGGGAAUAAAGUGUUCUUUAUUAGCCGAGAUGCGACAUUCUCGGUUUGCGCUAAGGAUUUGGGUUGGAGUAAGGGGAAUUGUAUCUAUUUUGAAGGAUUGACUGGUUAUGAUGAUGAAGCUGAUAUGAGUUUUGGGUUGAAUGCUGGUGUUUAUACUUUGGAGGAUAAAGCUAUUUCGACCUUUGGUUCCUCGGUGGAUCGUUGGACAGGGAUUUUCUGGCCGCCUUCAAGCUGGUUUGUGCAAAAUGAAGAGUACCCUGAAUGUGAAAUGCAAGAUUAAAGAGUGGUGGUUUGUGUUUACCUUAAGCAUUAGCUUCCCUAGUAUAAAUGGAGUAUACUCUUUUUUGUGUUGUAUUAUUGAUAACCAGGAAUGAGACAUUAUAAUUUUUUGUUC